AUGGUCAACUCAAGAUACAAGGCACUGUGCAGAGAAACAACUAAACACAAGGGAAGAAGAUAUGAUGAGGCAGAAAUGAGCUCAGCAAACUCCAAUGGAAAGCAAUGGAAGUGGUUGUGGAAGCUGAAGGUCAAAAGCAAGAUAAAACACUUCAUCUGGAGAAGUCUAAAUGGUCUAUUACCAGUUAAUGGCCUGGUGUUCAAAAGAAUACACCAUGGGGAUCCAAUCUAUGAUGGCUGUGGAGAACAGGAAGAGACAACUGAACAUAUGUCUUUUCAAUACAGCAGAGCUCAAGAGGUGUGGAAGAUGGCUCCAAUACAGUGGGAUAGAUUAACUAAACAGAUAGGGAAUAUAAUAGCUUGGUGGACUGCUAUGCUGGAAGCUACAAGCAGGACAGAGGGCAGGGAACAUGUAGAGCUAACUGUGAAUAUCCUUUGGCAAAUCUGGAAAAGAAGAAACGAAUGGAAGUUCAAUGCCAAACGAAGGCAUCCUUGGAAAACAGUUAAAAAAGCUCAACAGGAAUGGCAAGAGCAAGCAUCAGCUUGGAGGAAAGAGAAAAUGAUCCCUGAGGAUGCUGAAAGAGACAGAGAGGUAGUAGAACCAGAAGAGGUAGGAAGGGAUGAAAUGCAAAUCAGAAUAUCAACUCAUGUGCAAGAACAAACCAAUAGAGUUGGUACUGGGAUUAUAGAAACUAAUUUCAACCAUCAGUUGGUGUCAGCCUGGGCAUUAACUGAUAGGAAAACAGGGAAUCACUUGCAGACUAUCACAGAAGCAAUGAAGAUGGCCAUCACAAAGGCCAGACAACAGCAAUGGCAGAAAAUUACAAUACAUAUACUCAGCCCUCAGCUGUUGAAAGUGAUAACGAAAGGGAUGGCCAAGGAUAUCAAAAUGGCUACUUUGACUGAUGAUAUUAACAAUCCCAGAGCUUUUAUUCCAAAAAUGCUCCUUUUGCUUAGAUAG